AUGGAGCAAUUAAAGCCUCCAGGUGAGCUUUGCCUGGAAGGUAACUUAGCAGAAAAUUGGCGAAAGUGGAUUCAAAGCUUCGAACUCUUCCCCAUCGCUAGUGAAAUCAGUGAAAAAAGCGAGAAAGUUCAGUGUGCCACGUUUCUACACAUAGCUGGAGAAGAAGCUCGUGCUAUAUUCAACGCCUUCGAUUUUGCCAUGGUUGGCGACGAACACAAAAUAGAUAUAUUGAAAGACAAAUUCAAACAGUACUGCGAACCACGAAAGAAUUUAACUUUUAUACGGCACCAAUUUUUCACACGAUCACAAGGACCGACUGAAACAAUCGAUGCUUUCGCUACCGAUCUGAAAAACAAAGCCAAACAUUGCGAAUUUGGUACAUUAAUCGACAGUCUUAUCCGAGACAGAAUAGUCGGAGGAAUCAGGAGUGAUCAACUACGAGCAAGGCAACUUCGCGAAGCGGGACUUCCCUUGCUAAAAGCCAUCGAUAUAUGUCGUGCGAGUGAAGCAAGUUCAAACCAGUUAAAAGAAUUUAACGAUGACAACGACAAGUCGCUUCAUACACUGCAAAGUCAAAGAUCUAAAUUUCCUUACCCGAGCAAGUUUUCGAAUACAAGUUUUAAUCCAAGACAACAGCAGUCAAACUAUGUGUCAAAGAAGUGUGGAAACUGCGGGGGAGAGCAUUCUAGUUUACUAAAGGCAUGUCCAGCCUUCGGAAAGACUUGUUAUCACUGUCGAAAGGAAAAUCACUUUGCUCGAGUCUGUCGAUCUAAGUCGACACCAGCGUCAGCGAAUAAACAAGCAUUUCAAGUUGAUGAAAUCAUAGACGACAUGGACGAUUUUUUCAUAGGAACUGUGAAAAAUUCUAGCGGCGAUGACGGCUGGAGCGAAAAUAUUUUAAUUAAUAACAAGCCUAUUGAGGUUAAGCUUGACACUGGCGCUCAGUGCAAUGUUAUGUCACGCAAUGUUUACAAUACCAUCGUCCAAAAUAACAUCGCUCAAAAUGACAUCGCUCAAAAUAACAUCCGGGGCACAAAAUCAUUCCAAUUGGAAAAGCAAGAUUCCAAUGUCAACACAAGAAUGUGAUCCAUCAAAUCACAUUUCAGAUAAUUGAUGAAGAGGCUCCAUCUCUACUUGGUCGUAAAACCUGUUUGGAGUUGGGAUUAAUCGAACGAAUCAUGACCAUAAAUCAAUCUGAUUGUGGAAACAAUGGUGAUGACACUCUUAAUCAAUAUCCAGACUUAUUUACUGGUCUUGGUUGUAUCAAGUCAGCUGGAAGUCAUCACAUUGAAGUUGAUCCCAACAUAAAUCCAGUUGUUCACCCACCGAGAAAAGUACCUGCUGCAUUACGCCUCAGAAUACAGAAAUAA